UCUAGUUUUGUGAUUUCUUUCUUUUCAAAACAAAUAUUUCAACAAUUUUCCUCAGUAAAUAUUUAAAUAAUUCUACACAAAUAUAUAUUUUUGUACUAGCCGAAUUUUAAAUUGACGUCGACGUUGAAAACAAUCAGACAAAAAAUACAGUAAUAACAACAAUAAUAAUAAUAAAUUGAAGCACACAACAAUCAAGAAUAACUCAAAAGAUACAAAGAGAGACAUAGAAAAGUUGUCAGCCAUUUGACAGGCUGAAACCGAUCGAGAUUUGAGUUGACUAAACACUCAUAUUAGCAGCGAUCGGCCACGAAGACAUACGAAUAAUGAAUAAUAUGGCCGACGAAGAUAAUAAUAAUAACAAUAAUAGCGAUAAUAGCGAUAACAAUAAUAAAAAAGUCAAUAGUAAUGUAAAUUGCAAUAAUAGUCCUAACUGUAACCAGAGUCGCGCAAAUGCCAGCUGCGAUGCUAAAAAAAUAGCGAAGAAUCUAAGCAAUAAGCCCAGUGGCAGCGCUGCCGCUGGUGAGACAAGCAAAAGCGAACGCUGUGUGCUGUGCCUCGAUGAGAAGCGUUCGCCGGUACGCAUUACAUGCGGUCACUCGUUCUGCAAUGAAUGUCUGGAGGUCUACUUAUCGUACCAGAAGUACGCUUGGGCCAAUCGCUGCCCCAUAUGCCGUGGUUCGUUGAAGGAGCAACGACGUUCCGUUAAGCGAAAACAUUCCGAAACGGACCAAACGACAGACGCAGUCACAAUGUCUGGCAAUGCAGGUGCCAGCAGCAGUCAGUACAGGCCCACACGCAGGCGUCUGCAUGCCACGUCGGCUACAGUUGCUGCAGCAACAGCCGCUGUGGCCACAGCCACGGCCACGGCGCUAUCGGAAUCCACCGUGGAGGUAUCUGAAGAGCAAAUCUACUUGUUGGAGGAGUUUAUGGCAAUUGCCGCCGAAACAGAUGUGUUCGGUAUUGCUAACAGCAUGGGCUUUGGCAAUCCGGCGAGCGCAACCACGCCCACCAAUUCAGCAUCGACUGUGAGCGCCAGUGAAGCUGCCGGCGAAGACGAUGAAGUUGAUUUGCAAGCGGCAGAGUUUGGAGAGGAAGUGGAACAGGGUAUAAGUUAUAGCCAAGACGGCUUCGAAUCCAAUAUUGAUGAUGAGGAGGGCUUAGAGGAGGAGGAUGAUGAUGAAGCGGUCUUUGACGAGAACGUUGAUGUGGAAGAAGAUGAAGAUUUCGAGGAUGAAGAAUACGAGGACGAUGGCGAUGACGAUGGCGAUGACGAUGUCAAUGGUGAUGAAUUAAAUGAUCUAUACUUUUUCGAUGAGUACGACGAUGAAAACUAUGAUGAUCAUGAAAACGAUGACUAUGACACAGUAGAUGAAGGUGAUGCCGACAGCAUUGCUGGUAGCGAUGCUUACGACCAACUGGCUGACAACAAUCUACCGACGGCCGAGUAUUAUGAUGUGGAGCAGAAUGGAGAAGAUGAUGUGCUGCUAGYUGACGAAGUAAUUAUUGUAGAUUGAGCGCGGUUCGCAGACAACGAACGCUGCRACGAAGAGUGUGACAAAGACAACYAGACGAAAAACAUUUAACGAACUAAAGAAAGGACGAUUUGCCGACGCUUCUGACUGCCAGUACGCUGCCCCUGCAUAUGACUAACUGACGCUUCGAACUAUGGACUUGUCGUUACAACUGUGAUUCUUUGGGUGCUAAUAUGACUAUGUUUUUUAUUUCAUCAUGUGUC